GCAUCGACCCUCACUUUUGCCGUGCAUCUUUCCAGAUUCAAGACUCCCUGUUUUGGUUCUUGUUCUCCUGAUCGAGAAUGGAUCCUUGUGAGGAACAUAUCUACGAGGACCCAGAUGUCGCCUACCAGAACCAGACGUCCGCUAUUUAUGAGACGCCGUAUGAGCCCUCGGGUCCGACGGCCGAGUAUCAGAACACAGGAUGGGCCUUUGGAGGAAUACCCGCUCCCCCUUCUUUCCCAGCACCGCCUUCUCCUGGCAAAAGCCGCAAAAAAUCGUCCUCAUCCUCAUCUUCCUCAAACGAAGAAACCGGGGAGAAGCUUUGCCGCGGCCAGGGAGCGGCCGAAGUUGAAGAAAACAACAAACGGUUGAGUUUGGAGACGGCGUCUGCCAAUACGGAGCUGGAUUACCGUCCAUCACGCAAACCCUCAUCUUCAACAUCGUCCUCCUCGGCUUCCGAGCAGAAGAAGCCUGACUUGAAGCCCUCAUCUUCAACAUCGUCCUCCUCGGCUUCCGAGCAGAAGAAGCCUGACUUGAAGCCCUCAUCUUCAACAUCGUCCUCCUCGGCUUCCGAGCAGAAGAAGCCUGACUUGAAGCCCGCAGAGCCUGAGAAGGACACUAAAGUCAUGCUUUUUGUCAAGUCGAAUAAACGAGGCACCAAUGGCUCGUCGUGGACUCCCGUGGGCACCAGUUGGAAGAAUUUGCGGAAGAAGCAGAUCUGCGUUUGUAGAUCUGGAGAUCCAGUCGACGGGUCGCAGGUCAUCCAGGGAUCCCACUUCUGA